AAAACCAUAAGACAGAAACAGUCGGAAGGAGGAGGAACGAGGAAAGAAGAAAGGAGAAAUAGAAGAAGAAGAGGAAAAACAACACUUACCCUCUCACCCCUCUCUCUUCAGCAAUGGAUUCCAACCAGCUCAUGGACUCUCUCACUGCUCACAUCGCUUUAUACCAUUCAUCCAUCUCUCCUUCUUCCUCAAAUCUCUCAAACCCUAGGAAUUCUAUCCUCCGUUGGUUCUCCUCUCUCUCAAUCCCCCACCGUCAAUCCACUCUCUCUAUCACGGACCGCGAUUUCCUCCUCCUCCUCCUCCAGAUGCGGUCCCACCUCCGAUCACGUGGCCACGGCCUUUUCCUUGUCCUCCCCGAUCUUCCCUCCUCUCGCUUCCCUUCCCUCCCCUCCCUCUGCUACCGCCGCUCCCGUGGCCUCCUCUCCCGCUCUAGCGCCUCUAACCUCUUAGAGCAUUCCCUCUCCCGUUCUGUCCUCGUCUUCAGCUCCAAGGAAGGUGAGCCCGUCAGGCCAAUCCAGCCGCUCGAUUCGAUCACCGUCUCGGAGGAUUUUGUUAGCGAUCUGGAUCGGUUUGUCAAUGUGAUGGACGGGGUUUCUGAUGGAGGCUUCCUGAGGGGGGAUGAGGGUGGGGCGUUGGGGUCCACGUGGCAGGAGCUGCCAUGGUUGAAGGCGAAAGGUUAUUAUAGCUUGGAGGCGUUCGUGGCCAAUCGGUUGGAGCUGGCAUUGAGGCUGUCGUGGUUGAAUUGCUGCACGGGGAAGAAGCGCGGGGUGAAGGUGAAGGAGAAGGCUGGGGCUGCUGGAGUUGCAGCGAAUUUGUUCUGGAGGAAGAAGGGGUGCUUGGAUUGGUGGGACGGGUUAGACCCUGGAAUUAGAAAGAAGAUUUUUAGAAUGGUUUUGGGCAAACGGGCAAAAUGCCUGGCAAAUGAGGUUAUUAAAGGGGCAAACGAUGCUUUGAAGGAUGAAAUGGGGUUCCUAAAUGUUGGAGCAGAACAGCCUCUGAGAUAUGGCCCAACUCCAUCAUGUCAAAGUUCCAUGAAGGCACUCUCAGGAACUGAUGCGGAUGUUUGCUUGGGGAUCAUUCCUGCCUCUAUUUCUGGAAAGCCUACUUCCUUGUCCAAUGCCGUCAAUGGAUUGCUUGUCCUUCAGGAGAUGUCUGCUAUGAUAUUAGCAUAUCAACAUGGUGAAAUUGAAAAAGAAAAAUUAUUUUUUAGUACAUUGGGUUCUGUACAUACUGUUUCAGAUUUCUUAUUCAGGAGAUUGCGAGGGUUUCUCAUGGUGUUGUCAAGUGAUUAUAUAAAGCGUGAACUUCUUGGAGAUGAUGAUUUGAAGGCCCCAAUGAAUAAAUCCAAGGAGAAAUCUGGUGGAGGAUCUAGGAAAGGAAAGAACAAAGGCCGCAACACGAAAAAGUUACAUCCUGUGCAAAAAUCUUCCAGGCCUGAUAUUGCUCUUCAAAAACAUUCCGAGGAGCAUGGAUGUGUAUCGGCCAGUAGAGUGGACAAUAACUCGAGGCUUGGGUAUCUGCAGAAUGCUACUUCUGUGGAGGCUAAUGGAAAGCCUGUGACAGUUAAUGGUUGCAUUCUUCAGAGGGAACUUUGCAAGGAGACCUCACUGUCAAGCAUUAAGGAGGUACGUCCAAAAGGAUCUGUUAAUGGAAAGGUCCAAACUACCGAAAAGAAGAGCAGGAAAGAGAGCAACAUUAAUAAAAAAUCCAGCUUAGAAGAAACUGUUAAAAUUGGGUAUCCUGAAGAGAACAUCACGGAGAAUAUUUCUUCAUCCGUUAUUAUACAAAGCGAGCCUGCAGCACCCAGUGGGUUAGUUGAUCCUUCAGCUGUUCAUCAUCUGUCAAAUGAUUAUUCAAUCAGUGGUGAACUGUGUUCGCCACCAAAUUCAAGUCUUUGUAAUGCUACUUGUGAGCCUACUAUGGAGGAUGGUUCUGAAGUGAGCAAAAACAUCCAGGAGCAUUCUGUCAUUGCUGCUGCUGCAGGGAGCUUUCGUUUCCAUUCAGAGUGUUCUCAGACUCGAAACACAUUGGAAAGUGGUGACUUGCUGAAGCCUGAUUUGUUGGAUCCAGGAAAGGGUGAGGGGUUACUGCUGAAGGAUUCAUCUAAAUCUUCUAGCUCUAGUCAAAACAACAGCAUGCAUGAUGACAGGAAGGUCUGCAGUUGCAUUACUUCCUCCAAUGGUGAUGCUUCUGGCGGCACUUCUGAUUUGAAAUCUUUGUCUACUUCACCUGCAAAGGAGCAUGAUAUCAUCCCUACUGAUGAGGGGCUCAAGCAUCAGAAUUCUGGAUGCUUAAAUGAAAGUGCGUCUCAGCCAGCUGUCUUUCCAAAAUCAGAUGAAGCUGCUCUCCCAAACGAUGAAAAUGCACCACUUCAGAAGGAAGGAGGAGAUUGUUAUGUCCAUGAACAAACUAGUUCCUUUGGAGGUAUGUCGUAUGAGUGGCCAAGCUUAGCACCAUUUUAUUUCCCAUCAUCCAACUCACAGCAUCUCCCGCCCGCCACAGAUAGAUUGCAUUUGGAUGUUGGUCAGAAUUGGUGUAAUCAUGCAUAUCAGUCUUUUGUGUCUACGAGGCAUUGUGCAAGGAAUGUUUCAUUAGAAGGUGGACGCACCCGGAUUAUGCCCUCUCGAACACUGCCAAUGAGCUUAGAUUGGCCCCCAAUGGUUAGAAGUGCAAGUAGAUUGGUUCCAUCAGUGACUUGUAGCUAUGAUUCUGGACUUGUCCCUAGGCUGCAGUCUCCUUUUCAUGCAGGUUUUACAGCUCAUGGAGUGCAUCUUAAUGGAAUGAAGGAUGAGGAUGAAAGGAAGUACUCUGGGGAUGUCAUGGACUUCUGUGACUUGAAAAAUGCAGAUCUGACAGAUGAUAGUGACAGCCAUUGGGUAGCUGAGGAAGAGUAUGAGGUGCAUGCAUUUUCUGGAAGGGAUUAUAAUCAAUUUUUCGGAGGCGGAGUGAUGUACUGGAAUACUUCUGAUCAUGCAGGCACGGGCUUCUCGCGUCCUCCUUCUCUAAGCUCAGAAGAUAGCUCCUGGGCUUGGCGUGAAGCAGAUCUGAAUAGAGCUAUUGAUGAUAUGGUUGGCUUGCCUGCUUCUUAUAGUUCAAAUGGUCUGGCUUCUUCUCCACCUGCUGGUCCCUUUUGUUCACCUUUUGAUCCUUUGGUACCUGGACACCAGCCCCUUGGUGGUUAUGUUAUGCCAGGAAGUGAUGCCACGGGGAAGGUACUGCAUUCCUCAUCAACAGUGGCAGACCUGCCAGAAGAGAAAGUCUCUGGAUCUUUGACCAGUUCGCCUGCUGGUGUUGUAGAAGGAAUGACCGGCGAUACGCUUCCAUACCCAAUUUUACGGCCUAUUAUAGUUCCAGGUUUAUCAAGGGAGAGGUCAAGAUCAGAGUUCAAGGUUAAUCAUGACCGUAAAAGCCCAUGCGUGCCUCAUACUAGGAGGGAAACCCCUCGGAUCAAGCGACCACCAUCACCUGUUGUACUUUGUGUUCCACGAGCUCCACGACCUCCUCCGCCCUCUCCUGUUGGUGAAUCUAGAAAACAGAGAGGCUUCCCAACUGUGAGGUCUGGCAGCUCUAGCCCAAGGCAGUUGGGCAUGAGAAGUUGGUACCAUGAAGGAAUUAGUUGUGACGAAGCUCGCCUUUGUGUAGAUGGUGCUGAAGUUGUUUGGCCUUCGUGGGGAAACAAAAGCCUUGCUGCAAACUCAAUGAUUAAACCUCUACCAGGGGCAUUGUUGCAAGAUCACUUGAUUGCAAUCUCCCAACUAGCUCUUGAUCAGGAACAUCCAGAUGUUGCCUUGCCUUUGCAACCUCCAGACUUACUUAAUUGUCCUACUCGUAAGAUGUCUUUAUCUGUGAUGCAUAGUCUUCUCCACGAGGAAAUCGAUUCUUUUUGCAAGCAGGUUGCUGCUGGCAAUCUAAUUAAGAAGCCCUACAUUAAUUGGGCUGUCAAGAGGGUUGCACGAUCUCUCCAAGUACUUUGGCCUCGUUCCAGGACAAAUAUCUUUGGUUCAAAUGCAACCGGUCUGGCUCUUCCGACUAGUGAUGUUGAUCUUGUGGUUUGUCUCCCUCCAGUGCGGAAUUUGGAACCUAUUAAAGAAGCUGGAAUUUUGGAGGGACGUAAUGGUAUUAAAGAAACAUGCCUCCAGCAUGCAGCUAGAUACCUUGCCAACCAGGAGUGGGUUAAAAGUGACUCUCUUAAAACGAUAGAGAAUACAGCCAUACCUGUUAUCAUGCUAGUGGCUGAAGUUCCACAUGAUGUUAUUGCUUCUAGAGAGAGUAUUUCCAUUUCACAUACAUCAGAAGUUGAAUCAGCCCCCAUGACUGGUGAACAAGGCAGUGUUAAUCAUUCUGACAUGUCGGGUUCAGAAAAUUCCUUGUUGCCAUUGUGCUCAAAAAUGGAAAAUGAUGACAGUAUGGAUAUGAAAUCAGUUCGUCUCGACAUCAGUUUUAAGUCACCAUCGCAUACAGGACUCCAAACUACUGAACUGGUUAGAGAGCUAACUGAGCAGUUUCCUGCUGCAGUACCUCUUGCUUUGGUUUUGAAACAGUUCUUGGCAGAUCGUAGCUUGGAUCAUUCAUAUUCGGGCGGUUUAAGUUCGUAUUGUUUGGUGUUAUUGAUCACACGGUUUCUUCAACAUGAGCACCAUCUUGGCCGGCAUAUCAACCAAAACCUGGGAAGCCUUUUGAUGGAUUUUCUUUACUUCUUUGGGAAUGUGUUUGAUCCUCGUCAAAUGCGUAUUUCGAUUCAAGGAAGUGGGGUUUAUGUAAAUAGAGAAAGAGGAUAUAGCAUUGAUCCAAUUCAUAUUGAUGAUCCUCUUUAUCCAACAAAUAACGUGGGGAGAAAUUGCUUUCGUAUACACCAGUGCAUUAAGGCAUUUGCAGAUGCUUACUCUGUUCUGGAGAAUGAGCUAACAGGCCUUCCUGGAAGUGGGGAUCCAACUACAAUGCCAUUAGUUAGAUUACUUCCUAAAAUUAUCCCAAGCAUUGAUAGUGUGUAGGGCAGUUUUGAUAUUCCUCCAAAAAUCCCACGGUCUGCUUGCCAAAAGCUAGGCUCUUAUUGGACUCCAUCAUGCGGUGCUGAUACACGGGUUGUAAAUUCCAUCAAGAUUGUUCGGACAAGUUCGUCCGGCCAUAUUAGUUGCCAGGGUUGGACUCUGAGGGGUGUCAGCAAUGACCUCCGGGGACACGAAAAGCAGAGGGAUCCAGAGCUGAAGAUUGCUGAAUCAAGUUCAUCCUAGGAUGAUUUUCCCUGAUUUAGUUGCCAAAAGAUGAUCCUGUUGGUAUUGGCAAGAGGAGCACGGGCAAUGUACAUGGUAUACAGACGACGUCAACUACCAUCCAGACCAAAAUGUUAUAAUUCCAAUUUAAUCAUUCAAGUGGAUUGAUCUUUAGUAAGAGCACUCUCGUCUUCUCCUCCUGUGAAGAAAUCUGUACAGAGGUGGCCUUUACAAACCUAGAAUGCUGAACAUAGCUCUCCUAUGCUGCAGAUUUCUAAAAGGCGCCAAGUUUCUUCCUGACCAUCGCAGCAAUUGCUUAUCGCAUGGCUGGUUGGCUGUGCAUCAGGCCCAUGGGGCAUAUCUACGUACCGGCAAUCGGAACCAUACAUAAAUGCAGAAUUAUAUUUGUCAAGAACCUGCCUGUACUCGAUGGUUCUACUGCUAACCAUUAAAGAUGCCUUCUUUUGUUGUAAGCUUAUAACCUUUGUUUCACAUAAUGUAAAUAGAACUUCUUAGGCCCUGUUUGGAUGGGCACCAAAGUCAUGAAUUUGGCAAAUUUUUAGUUGCUAAAUUCAUGAAUUAUGUAAUUAAUGUGUUUGGGUUUGCUUUAAUUGCGAACUUCACUAAUUGUACAAUUAGCAGAAGCGGUACAAAUCAUGAAACUAGUCAAAUUAGAAAGUUAAAAUUCCUCAAUUCAUGAAGUUGGGAAACCAAUGGCUUCCAAUGGUUAAGGUCGA